AUGCCCGUCAAUACUCAGAUCAAAUCUGCCUUCAUCAAUGUAAUACCGCGCGAGGUCCGUGAUUCCAUAUAUCUCGAGCUCUGGCGCUCCUGUGGUCUCCGUCAACAUAUUCUAUAUCAUGGAGAACCAGAGUACCAUCACUUCUGCCAUUGGCCGUGCUCUAUCGAGUUCGAUGUUCAUGACCCAUUGCAAAAAGAGCUUGAAGAGGUGAGAGUCCGCCUCGGCGUUCCCUUAGGCGAGGAUAUCUCUCGUCACAGUUGCCCUGGAAUCGGGAGGCCUUAUGCCAGAUAUUUGCAAUCUCCAUGGAUGAACCACUGGCCUUGUGGCGAGGUUGCCUAUCAGAAGCACGGCAAGGGGGCUUUGCCGGGCUUUGGUACUUCAGGGUUUAUUUGUUGGAAAAAAGGCUGCAGUGGCUAUGAAAACAACGCCUGGUCAAACCCAUAUCUUUCCAUGCUCUUGUUGUGCAAGACCGUAUCGGAAGAGUGCCUGCAGUCCAUCUACAGGUCGACAACAUUCAUCUUCACCGAUAUGCCGACUGUGCAGAUGUUUUUCGGGUAUUGCGAGCUUCAUCCAAUCGUAAAAACCUUCCCAAAAAUAGGCAUCACACCACUAGCCUUUUUCAAGUACGCUCGAAACGUGGAGCUCUCGUUUGGUCCGGACUUUCCCCUGCAGCUACUGUGUGCCAAUUUCGAUCUUCCCGGAAUUCCUCGCCGCCACGAUGUCUACGAUUUCCACUGGUUGCGCCUUGACCGAUUCGAGAACCUCCAGACCUUCAACAUAUGGAUCGCUUCACGUUGUAGCUCGAACCGUACUCCUUCAAAGUACGAUGCUCUCUGUGGCAUCAAGGAACUUGAUACAAGAAAUUUGAGAGAUCGUCUUGCGCCAUUCAGCUUGAUUGGCUCACUCACGAUAAGCACACCCCUUAGCUCACGCAUAGCACCUGAAGAGGGUUUUGUGGAAGAUGUCGCAUUGCCUGGUAUUCGGCUUUACAAACGAGGGUCCGGUGAUAAAUUCCAUCCAAUCUUGGGAACGGUCAACCCAGGAGGCAUGUACGACGAUGUGAUUCACACCACAUCUGAGAUGGAAGUUCGGCUUGGUUAUGACGGAACCAAUUACGUUUUGAUGAAGGACGGUUGA